CGUAGCAAUGCCGGGGCGGUCGGUCUUUGCUCAACCCAGAGCCAUUUUGGCCCAAGCCAUUUUGGCCGUGCAGCGGCACGCGCGCGCCCGAGGCCCCUCCCCCCCUCCACUCGCGCCCUCUUACUGGGGAAGCGCGCGAUCCUCGGGGGGGAUGUCCGCCGCCAACUUCUCGCUCCCCACGUCGCCCGCCCUGACCUCGUCGCCCACCCACGAGGAGGACGAGGAGGACGCCGCCUCCGGCUACGGCUACCCCUUCAGGCUGUCCGUGCGCAACACGUUCAUAGAGGCCUCCAUGCGGCAGCCCUCCCCCGACGGCUUCCUCGAGCAGCGGCUGGUGCGCUCCGCGCCGGCCAGCCGCGCGUGCUCGGACGGCGGGGGCGGCUUCGGCGCCGACGGCUGGGACCACGGGGGCAGCUCCAGCGACGAGGAGUCGGAGGACCUGGAGGCCUCGGAGCUCGACGAGGAAGAGCCCACGGGCAGCGAGGGCGGCGGCCCCCCAGACUGCGGCGCGGCAGCCACACCGGCCGACGCGCUCGCCCCGUGGCGGGUGGCGGCCGCCUCGCGGCUGAACGCGGCGGCGCCGCCGUGGGUGCCGGAGGCCCGCGAGGCCUCCCAGGAGGCCAGGCAGCGCGAGCGCCGGGGCCGCGGCCAGGAGGUGCAGAGGCCCUACAGCGGCACGAGGCCCUGGCUGGAGCGGGCCGGCCCACCUCCGCGCGGCGGCGAGGCGGCCCGCAAGUUGCGCAACGCGCCCGCCCGGGGCAUUCGAGCCUUCAGGCAGGGCUGCGCAGACGAGGCCCAGGCGGCUCCGGCCAGGCAGCGCUUUCCCCGCGCCCCUUGCUGGCGCAAGGGCGUCGGCUUGGAGCUGCGCCGGAAACUCCGCAGCUCGAAGGGCCCCGGGCCUUCAGGAUUCGCGUGCAGGGCCAUUGCUUUCUUGCGGGUCCCUGCCUUCUCGCUGGAUUUUUUCUCCACCCACGCCACCCUCGCGGCUAUCGGCGCGCCGCCGCCCGGCGCGUGGGCGCCGCCCGCCGCCGCCGCGGCGCCGCCGCCGCAGCAGCUCUCCAGCGGCGGCUCCCGCGCGCCGUUGGGCGGCGCGGCCGCAGCGGAUCUGCAGAGCGCGGCGGGCGCCCAGCGGGCGCCGCCGGGCGCCCUGCCCAGCCGAGGCUCCGCGGGCCACAGCACGGGGUUCUGCAAGCCCUGCGCGUUCUACGCCACCAAGGGCUGCGGCAAUGGGGCGCAGUGCAAAUUCUGCCACCUCUGCGACGCCGGCGAGAAGAAGCGAAGACGCAAGGACACGAGAAGCUCCAGUUCCGCAGGGAGAUGCGGCAGUGGCGGAGGCUUGCUGGCCCGCCUGCCUGGGAGAGGGGACGGCCAAGUCCCAGCAGUAGCGCGUGGCCCGCCAAGCACCGGGGCGCACGCGCGCUACCCACGCCGCCGCGUGAGUAGCCUGACGGUGACGGUCGAAUGAGGAGAAGGAGCCCGAGGACUGGGCAGGGAGCAGGAUCAUCCCGAUAUCCACGGCGGGCCGCGCGCCAGAGCUGCCGCAGGCGCGUGCAGGUGUGUGUUUUUGUUCCUCGGCCGCGGGCCCGAGGUCAGGGCGCCAGCCCUCCCCCCCCCUCUCGUCCUCCUCGUUGUCCUCGUCCGCCCUCCCCUCCUCCCGCCCUCCCCCCCCGCCUCGGGUCGGCAGACGCCCGGCCCGCCGGGGCCCCGCCGCGCGCAGACCCCGCACGCCUGGCCUCUCUUAGAGAGGGCUCCUUGGCGGGCCCGGCCCCCCCCCCUGUUUCGAUGCCGCACCCUCCGGAGGGCUGCGGCGCGCGCGCGCGAGACGGACCGUGGCCCCUUUGUUGCCCCCUGUCGGGGCGAAUCGCUGGCGCGUGCAAGGCGGCCCGCUCACAGAA